GCUCCGCGCGCGCUUUUGUUCACUUCUGUCUCCUCGCGACCGGCGGAACGCGCGCGCCGCUUCCCCCCUACGCUCUUCUUUCUCUCGCGCGCGGAUCACGAGGAGGAAAAGUGAAACACAUACACAUUUUUUUCGCCUUUGCAACGAAAAACAGAACCUGUUGACAUCUUUAUAAGCUGUCGCGCUUUAAAAACAAAAAACAAAAAAUAUAUUAUUUAUUUUUUCCUUACCUCAGUAACGGAACAGAGACGGAACACCUGCACUGAGGAGAACCGGCGCGGACUCGAGAGCUAGGCUAGCUCAGUCGGCUAGCUCACAUUCCUGUGCACUUUGAGACGCCGGAAUUCUCCAGAAGAGGAAAAAAACUAAAAGGAUGUUGAUGGAGUGUCGUGUGUCUGGGAUUCAGUCUCUCUUGACUGUGUUUCUGCUCCUCUCGCUGGAACACGAUGUGGUAUGGGGUGAAACAGUAGUGAACAUGCGGAAGGUGACUCAUCAGGUAGUACAGGUACCUCUGUCAGGCACUGCUGUGCUGCCUUGCAUCUUCACUUUACGGCCCAGCCCAUCUCAUGAAUCUCAUGACGCUCCUCGCGUUAAGUGGACCAAAAUCUGGGGCCACCAUGGGCUUGAUGGACUACAGAGGGAGCAGUCUGUAUUGGUAGCAAAAGGCAACGUGGUGAAGGUGAAGAAAGCCUUCCAGGGCCGCGUCAUCCUGCCUGGCUACACAGAGAAUCGCUACAAUGCCAGCCUGGCACUGACAGGCCUGAGAUCCAGCGACUCGGGCAUGUACCGCUGCGAAGUUGUGGUCGGUCUUAACGACGAGCAAGACACAGUGCCUCUCCAGGUUACAGGUGUGGUCUUCCACUACCGAGCCCCUCAUGACCGCUAUGCCUUGUCAUUCCCUGAUGCUAAGCAGGCAUGUGUGGAAAACUCUGCAGUGAUCGCCACACCUGGUCAGCUGCAGGCUACUUUCGAUGAUGGAUAUGACAACUGCGAUGCAGGCUGGCUCUCUGACCAGACUGUAAGGUAUCCCAUCCAAUCUCCACGGCCUGGUUGCUAUGGCGACCGGGAAGACUCACCUGGUGUGAGAAACUAUGGCAAUCGCGCCACUGAUGAGCUGUUUGAUGUGUACUGCUUUGCUGAGAGCCUGAAAGGUGAAGUGUUCCAUGCCAGCGUGACAGAUAAGUUGAGUCUGGCCACAGCUUCUACUCACUGUCACGAAUUGGGCUCUCAGCUAGCCACAGUGGGACAGCUUUACCUGGCCUGGCAAGCUGGACUGGAUCGUUGUGACCCAGGCUGGCUGGCUGAUGGUAGCGUGCGCUACCCCAUCAAUCAACCACGGCGCAAUUGCGGAGGCGAUGAGCCAGGGGUACGCACUCUCUACCAUAAUCCCAACCGCACCGGCUUUCCUGACACCGCCAGCCUCUUCGAUGCCUACUGCUACAGAGAGAGACAGCCAGAAGCAAAGGCACUUGUGCAGACUUCACAGACUUCAAGCACAAACUCCACAGAUGACUGGGAACAAUUCCAACAGAAUGGAGGCUUUCCUCACCCUUCCACAUGGACUGGACUGGUCGAUCUGGAUAAGGAAGAGUUUAAUUCCAUUGCAGACAAUGACACCUCUGAAAUAUCGGGAGAGCAUGUGGUAAUUCAUCUCAGACCUAGUGACAGGCCAGUGAGCCAGGAAAUACAUGUGUCCAAAGAUCAAUCUCAUCAUGUUCUGGAGCUCCAUGGGGGUUCAGCAAGAGAGGAACCUGAUGAAAGAGACGUGAAUGAGGACUACAGAUUGUCCCUUGAGCCCUCAUUGACCACACCAUUCUCAUCCACACAGGCUCAAUCCAGCAACAGCAUGCUCUUUAACUUUGUUGACUCCAUCGUGAGGCCCUGGAAAUACUGGAAAGGCAAUGCAGAGACAGAGGCCCCUUCAACAGUGUCAAGUCUAUUGAAGGAGACAUCAGAGGAAGUCCAGACAGACAGGGUGAAGACAGGGGGUGGGCUUAGAGAGAUUAAAGGAAGUAUUGAUAAUGCUAUCUUGGAGCCUGAGAGUGUGGAGCCUUCAACUAAACCCUCCACACCAUAUUCAGAGGAAGGACUUUUAGAGCAGGAAAAAGAGGUGGUUCUGCCAGUAUCAGUAAAUGAGCUGAAGAAUCCCAGCAAAUUCCCAACAGAACCUUCGGUUUCACAACCAACAGUAUCCAGAGGACUAAUUGCGUCAGGACGGAUGGAGGUGAUGAAUCCCACAACUGCAACAAGCCCCUUGGGUUCCAGGAGCAGUUAUGGCUCCAUGCCAGUGCUGGGCAGCCAGCAGGAAUGGGCGCUUCGGUCUCUAAGAGGAUACGCUACUCCAAGCAGUAAUGGGAUCCUUACGACUCAGACCAUUGGAACUGUGGAGACCAAACGAAGGGCAAUGGAACUCAUGACAAUUCCGGUCAUCAGGGACAACCAUGAUAACUAUUCUGGGGAAGGCAAGGAUCAUAUUGAAGAGACUUACUCACUGCCAAAGGUGUCUACAUCACAGUCCACUCCACAAAGAGGGAUUUCAGAAGAGGAUAACGAUGCUGAUGGGAGUGGAGGAAAUGAUUCAUUUAUCAGCAGCAGUCAGACAAAAUUGGGUACUCUGGAGGCCUCUGAAGAACAGAAUGUUCUCAUACAAACAACAGUGCAAUGGGAGCGCUUAGAUCUACCAACUGGACAACCCUCUCACAGUGCCAGUGUCUCCAAAGAUGCCACGGCUCCUGAGGAGGCCAGGGGGCAGAUCCUCUACAUGCAUCGUCCUACAGAAACAUCUAGGAAUACUCCUUUUAAAAUGGUCAAAGUGCCUUUGGUCAAGACGAAGCUGAGUCUUGAAAUCCCAUUUGAAAUCCCGACUCCUUAUGCGGCCACCACUUCAGAACUCACCCCAAACUUUUCGAGUGCUACUGACCAAACGCCAAGCAGCACCACCGUGACAACACUUAACAGUCAGAUUCAAACUACAGACGCAACCACUGCUGGAGAUGCUGUGUCCACUACAGACCCUGCAAUAUCAGUUACUUGGUUACCAGUGCUUCAAGAAGAAUCUCAAGAACCACAGACACAUGUGUCUACCACAGUGACUACUGUAAGACUUGAGACUAAGAGUAACACAGUUCACCUGACCACACCAUAUGUGAAGGAAACAUCCCAGCAGGCAGAGACUGAACCAGAGACGCAACCAGCUCCUACCACAGGUAGCACAGGUGGAAAUACCACAAGCCAAGCUAAAGUCGACUAUGAAAACAACUCUUCAGCUGAAUCAGCAGAGGAGGAGCCUUGCCAGACAAACCCAUGUCUGCAUGGGGGCAGCUGCUUGAGGGAAGGCGAAGGGUACAGCUGCCUCUGCCCUCUGGGAUUCUACGGAGAGAGCUGCGAGAUCGAUAUUGAUGAAUGUCAGUCAAAUCCAUGUCAGAAUGGAGGCACCUGCAUUGAUGAGGUCAACUCUUUUGUAUGCCUGUGUCUACCCAGCUACGGAGGAGCCACAUGUGAAAAAGAUACUGAAGGUUGUGAUCAUAACUGGAGGAAGUUCCACGGUCAUUGUUACAGAUACUUCAUUCACCGACUCAAUUGGGAAGAUGCAGAGAAAGAUUGCAGAGAACACAAUGGCCACCUGGCUAGCAUUCACAACAGAGAAGAGCAGGACUUCAUCAACAGUAUGAGCCACGAAAACACUUGGAUUGGUCUGAAUGACAGAACCGUGGAGGAGGAUUUCCACUGGACUGAUAACAUGGAUCUGCAAUAUGAGAACUGGAGGGAGAACCAGCCUGAUAAUUUCUUUGCGGGAGGAGAGGACUGCGUGGUGAUGAUCGCCCAUGAGAAUGGCAAAUGGAACGACGUGCCCUGCAACUACAAGCUGCCCUACAUCUGCAAGAAAGGCACAGUGCUGUGUGGCCCCCCUCCCCUCGUGGACAACGCUUUCCUGAUAGGCCGCAAGCGUUCACAUUACGAUAUCCACUCAGUUGUGCGUUAUCAGUGUGCAGAUGGGUUUCUCCAGCGCCAUAUUCCCACCACCAAGUGCCGUGCCAGUGGUAAAUGGGACCAUCCCAAAAUCCUCUGCACAAAGUCUCGGAGGUCCCAUCGCUACAGGCGCCAUCAUCACAAGUCUCAUCAUGAGCGCAGAAAGCACAAAAAGCAUGGCUCAGGCGGUCAUCGGGGUAGACAGGAGGGUCAUGGUCAUUUCUAACCAAAUUCAAAACCCAUGCUUCUGUGUCCUAAUGAAGUUCUCCUUGUUCCUGCACUGUCUGAAACAUACGGUUUCCUUCAUCAGCCUCUAUCCCUCAAACCUGUGAUCAAAGGGUCGCUGUUAGACUCCACAUAGACUAUAAUGACUACAAUCUUUCUUUUGGUUUUUUUUUUGUUUUUGUUUUUGUUAACUUCACUCUGUUAAUCUGUCCAGCAUUUUACUGUACCUAAAAUGAGCCUAUUCAAGAGAGUUCAUUCAUACCCCUAGGGGUUGAAAACUCUUUUUGGUCAUGUACUGUACUUUUACAUAAGCAGGUAUAAGAGGUGGCAGUUUGGUACAAAAGUGUGCUAAAUUUCAUUUUAAAAUGCAGAAUGCAAAUCAACAGAAACCACGCUCAUCUUUUACUAUCAUAUAUCUUUCAUAUAUUGAGAACAUUUCUUGAUCUUUGUUAACUUUGGUUAGCAGUUUGUAAGGCAUUAUCUUAACUAAAUAAUAAUUCUGAAUAGGUUGUUGUGAUUUCAUUAAGAGGAGUAAUGAUUAUUCUGAUUUAGAAAGAUUGCUUAGCGUUGUUUUGUCUUAGUGUUUAAAAUCUUUUACCACAGCAGCAACACAGAGGAAUCUUUUUUUUUCACUGUUUCUACUUCAGUGAUCAGCAAAUUAAAUAAAAGGAUAGGUGGGCCAGAAAUCAGUCACAUUAAUUGCACUAUUCAACAUUUACAUUUUUAACAUGUACUGAGUAAUUGCUAAAUGGAUAUUAGCCAAAAUCCGUUGAUUAGCAUGACGCCAGUAAUCAAAAAUCAUUGCACAGUUGGCAUAUUAUCUUUGGAUAAACUAAGACCAUGCAGAGCCUAUUUUCCCCAAAGCAUUUAAAAGGUAAGAUCAUCUUGACUGGUAGAGAGAGUGUUUUAAUGCUCCACCAUUGUGAUGCUUUUGGGAAACUCAGGCCAGAAUUACUCAUGCGGUUGCACAAUUUAUUUGGAAAUAUAUAAAGGGUUCUUUUCUCAAUACUUUCAUUUUAUCUUAAAAGCAACAGGUCUCUUCAAACUGGUUGUAUUGUGUAAUGCCUUUCUUUAUUGCAUUUACAGUUUCUAGAAUUCAUCACACAAUACUUAAGCAUUUCCCAAUGAUUUUGCGUUGCAUUCAUGUUAAAUUAGUGUUAGCCUAAUUUUUUUUCUUAUUAGCAGCCCUCUAGUGUUUGAGGUGAGACACUUCCAAGUUUGCAAUUAGGCAUUUUCAACUCUUUAAUGUUUGGUGGAUUUAUAUCAUUUUAAGGGUAAACGUAGCAGUUGUUUUGAUGCAGAAGGAUUUUUCCCACUCAUUGUUGGAGAAUUGUUCGGUGACUAUUUGUAUGAAAGAGCGAAAAUGUAUAAAAGAGAAAGACAGACAGAGAGAGAGAUAAAGCUAUACGCUCUUAAUUAUACCCCAUUUAAACCACAGACUUGUGGACAUCCUUUGAGUAAUGACCUGUACCUGUAAUUACCUUCUCAAAUUGAUUUAAAUAGUUCAGGAGUGAAUGAAAAAUGAUAGACCACUACAACACUGUAGACACAGAUGAUCCCAUUCCAUACACAAACAGAUACCAAAAGGGCUCCUGGAAAUAAUGUUCAGUUGUAGAGGUGCCUCACUUCCACUUUGAGCUACACAUAAGGUCAUGGGGUUAAAACUGUCUGGAGAGGCAUGUAAGGAAAAUAGCACCAGAGACUCAACAUUUGUGUUUCCAAUCGAAACUGUGCUCAGUGCUCACUGUGGUUUGGGUAACUUCUCUGCUCUUUUUUUAAGGACCAGGUGCGUGUCCUGUUUUCCAAAGAAGGCUGCAGCAGCUGACUGGAAUAAGAUCUGUACCAGCUCUCUGCCUUUCUCUCGUCCUCACCACAAAAAUAAAGUGCCAUGCUUUCAUCCGCUCUCCCCUUUAUGCCAACACUGUUUGUGCUUAUCUCUCUCCCUCUGUCCUCCAUCAAUUACUCAAGAGAAUACACUUCCCACUCUAGUCUUCAUUGCUGCCUUUAUUCAGCUUGUCAAUGACAAGGACAUGUGCAAGGUGAUGGAAAAAGCAUGCUUUUUUAUUCCCAAGCAUGCUUAAUUAAUAUCGAAGUUAUCUCCUUGUCGUCCAUUUCUUAAAUGAUGGUGUGAUGCACAUUAAGAGUCACACCGUGACUUUUAGAUAUUAGUUCAUGAUUUGUUUAGAGAAAAUAUCAGACUUGCAUUUGACUGGCUUCUGAAGCUGGCAUUAUUGAUACUAGUAAUCAACCACAUACAGAAGGAUUAGAAUAUAACUGCUCAAAAAUGAGAUUCUGGUAAUAUAUACAUUUGUCAGACUUUUUAAGUUACCUCUCUUUCAUAUAGUGUCAUAUAAAUAGCUUAACCUCAUUAUACAACCGUAAAGGCGGGUCAGAUGGAUAACAGCAGGCCGAAGAAUGACUUAUAAUUAUGAAAAUGAGUCUCUAAAUGGAGGAUGAUCAUAGCUGUUUGUUGGAGAGUGUUCUUCAAAGCUCUAAGAGUCAGCUGAGGCUUCCUGGGGCAACUCUUCUGACUAAUUACUACAGAGCCGUUGAAAUCCCGGAAGUUCUGGGGCAGCAUCACAAACUAGUUAGGUUUCUGGAUCAUGGCCCCAUUUAAGGAACAUCUGUCUCCCAUGAAAUAUGAUAUACCAUGCAUAAACAGACAACAGCUUUGUCAAAGCUCUUGGUUUAAUAUUUGCUAUCGAAAAGUUCACAUACAGAUGUGCACACUUUGUAAGACGUACCUUUUUGUAUUUAUAUUCUAGGUGUUUUAAAGGAGGGCAGGAGUGAGCUAGGGGAAAAGGAGUGACCUCUAUUCUGUCUAGACUCCAUGUUAGAGUUGCACAUCUAUCUUCUGCCAACUGUGCCACUUGGUAUGAGCAGUGUGUGCAGCUUAUCUCCUUCUCAUUGCAUUAUCUUUGCCUAAAGGGGUUUCUGCUUAUAUGCUUUUAUAAAGGGGGGAAGUAACGUAAUGAGGAAGAGGAGUCAGACCUAAUUGACACAGGUUGUUCCAUAUGUAUGUCAUUUUUGCAUUUGUAAUUUGUCCUACACUAAGCAGAAGAAUCACAGGCAAGCUCUUUAACAGUAUUAUAACUGGCAUAUACACUAUGUGAUUUGUGAUAGAUCUCUCAGACUGCAAGCAGAGAGUCAAGACAGUGCAAGUUGACUAAUCUCUAUCCCACACAGAAGUGUAGAGGUGGUUAAUCAAAGCACAGAUCUAGAUUUUGCUUUUAGUUAUUGUACAUAUUUGACUUCAAGUCAUUUGGUUCAUUUUGUCAGUAUCAGCUUUAGUCUCAAAUGACUCUUUACAUUAGCCUUUGUUCUCUUUGGAAUCAUGCAAAAAAAAAAUUCCAUUUUUUAACCCGCCUACAAUUUUGUCUUGUACAACAAUAUAGUAAAUUAGGUUUUAGAAGCUAUUUUAUGAAAAGUGAAGGUUUGGCUCAAGCGUGAGUUUAGCCGAUACACCACACACCAUUCUGAUGACGUAUAAAUAAUCUGCUGCACCAUUCCUCACCUCUGUGAUGUACAUACUCUGUACCUUUCUACUUUUCAUUUCCUGUCAUUUCUGUUUUUUCUAAGUGAACUAUUUCUAUUGAACAAAUUGGGGAAAAUGUUAAAGUGGCCAGAGCAGAGAGAAAAAUCUAACAUCUUGAUAGAGACAUUAUGGUUUCUAUGGACUCAUGUUCUCACAGGUUUCCUUUUGCAGUAGUGUUAUUUCUCUGUUAUAGCUACUGAUGUUGAGUCAGGCUAUGUGAAUGUGCUCCAUGUGUAUUGAUCAGUAUUUAUAGGUGUUCUUAUGAAUUCUAGUCCUGUCAUUGUAUUACCUUCUUUACCUGACAAGUGAUCGAUUAAAAUCAUUUGGCUGGAUCA